UGUGUCUUAGCUAGAGAUACGUGUCAACCUUUGCGCGGCGGGAGAAGUUUUGCAUAAAUUAUUCCGAUGAGGGAGGGGCGGGACCGCGCAUAGAUUAGUCAAAUGAGCCUGGGAGGGAGGGCGGCAGACUGCGAAUUAGCCUAAGUUAUUAAAGAUGGCGGCGGAGCGGAGUCGCUCCCCGGUGGACUCGCCGGUGCCGGCCUCUAUGUUCGCCCCCGAACCCAGCUCCCCGGGGGCGGCCAGGUCCGCGGCGGCCGCGGCCCGGCUCCACGGCGGCUUCGACUCGGACUGCAGCGAGGACGGCGAGGCGCUCAACGGCGAACCGGAGCUGGACCUCACCAGCAAGCUGGUUCUAGUGAGCCCUACAUCAGAGCAGUAUGACAGCCUACUUCGGCAGAUGUGGGAGAGGAUGGACGAGGGAUGCGGAGAGACCAUAUAUGUCAUUGGGCAGGGAUCAGAUGGGACUGAGUACGGGCUGAGUGAAGCUGACAUGGAGGCCUCCUAUGCUACAGUGAAGAGCAUGGCAGAACAGAUAGAGGCUGAUGUCAUCCUCCUACGGGAACGUCAAGAAGCUGGUGGCCGUGUGCGUGAUUACCUAGUUCGGAAACGAGUCGGAGACAACGACUUCCUAGAGGUCAGGGUAGCAGUCGUGGGCAACGUGGAUGCUGGCAAAAGCACACUUCUGGGGGUCCUGACACAUGGGGAACUGGACAAUGGCCGUGGCUUUGCCCGCCAGAAACUCUUCCGCCACAAACAUGAGAUUGAAUCUGGUCGCACCAGCAGUGUGGGCAAUGACAUUCUAGGCUUUGACAGUGAAGGCAAUGUGGUGAACAAGCCUGACAGCCAUGGUGGCAGCCUGGAGUGGACAAAGAUCUGUGAGAAGUCCUCUAAGGUUAUUACCUUCAUUGACCUGGCUGGCCACGAAAAGUACCUGAAGACCACUGUCUUUGGCAUGACUGGCCAUUUGCCUGACUUCUGUAUGCUCAUGGUGGGCAGCAAUGCUGGCAUUGUCGGGAUGACCAAGGAGCACUUGGGCUUGGCAUUGGCACUCAAUGUACCUGUCUUUGUGGUAGUCACCAAGAUUGACAUGUGUCCUGCCAACAUCCUACAAGAAACCCUGAAGCUGUUACAGCGCCUGCUGAAGUCACCAGGCUGCCGGAAGAUCCCUGUGCUGGUGCAGAGCAAAGAUGAUGUGAUUGUUACAGCCUCCAACUUCAGCUCUGAAAGGAUGUGCCCGAUAUUCCAGAUCUCCAACGUUACAGGCGAGAACCUAGAUCUGCUGAAGAUGUUCCUCAACCUCCUGUCCCCCCGCACCAGCUACAGGGAGGAGGAGCCUGCUGAGUUCCAGAUUGAUGACACCUACUCUGUCCCAGGUGUGGGGACAGUAGUGUCGGGAACAACCCUGAGGGGCCUAAUCAAGCUGAAUGACACUCUGCUGCUGGGCCCUGACCCCUUGGGUAACUUCCUGUCUAUUGCUGUCAAGUCAAUUCAUCGCAAGCGCAUGCCUGUCAAGGAAGUACGGGGAGGCCAGACAGCCUCCUUUGCACUGAAGAAGAUCAAGCGCUCAUCUAUCCGGAAGGGCAUGGUGAUGGUUUCUCCACGCUUGAACCCCCAAGCCUCCUGGGAAUUUGAGGCCGAGAUUCUUGUCCUCCACCACCCCACCACAAUUAGCCCUCGCUACCAGGCUAUGGUACACUGUGGGAGCAUCAGACAGACGGCCACCAUUCUGAGCAUGGACAAGGACUGUCUGCGCACUGGGGACAAGGCCACUGUCCACUUCCGCUUCAUCAAGACCCCUGAGUACCUGCACAUAGACCAGCGGCUGGUGUUCCGAGAAGGCCGCACCAAGGCUGUCGGCACCAUCACCAAGCUGCUCCAGACAACCAACAACUCCCCGAUGAACUCCAAGCCCCAGCAGAUUAAAAUGCAGUCAACAAAAAAGGGCUCCCUGACCAAACGAGAAGAGGGGGGCCCACCUGGUGGGCCUGUGGUAGGGGCCCCUCCACCUGGAGAUGAAGCUUCCUCCCUAGGGGCUGGGCAGUCAGCUUCAUCCAGCAGUCUCCAGCCACCGCCCAAGCCUAGCAGUGGGGGCCGGCGACGAGGGGGCCAGCGCCACAAGGUGAAGUCCCAGGGGGCCUGUGUGACUCCUGCCAGCGGCUGCUGAAUCUUCCUCUGGCCCACCCUCACCGCCUGAGAGAUCCUUACUCUCUGGCCCACUCACCAGCUGGGCAGAGCAGCUCUAACCGCCACCCGCCCACCCCCAGGCCAUAGCUGGAGCCUCCUGGUUGCCCCACCCAUUUUCCAGGGGAGUUGUAAUUUAUAAGCUAAGGAAGGUGGCCAGACUUCCAGAGGACUGACUAUCUCCCACCUCUUCCUGCCUCGUUUCUCACUCACACAUCUUUUGUACAUCUGGGCCCUUAGUUUUUAUUCUUUUUAUUAUAUACUCUGUCUCUAUCUAGUGUGGUUGUGUGUGUGUGCGUGAGGUACAGGAGUGCAGCCGGGCAGGGCCUUGUCAGUCUCUUUCCUUUUCUCCUCCUGGCUAGCCACCAGCCUCCAGGAGCUGGCUGCCUGCCUGACCUUCCGUCCGUCCAUGUGUCUGUCUUGGUGAGAUCUUCGGAGCCUUUAGGGAAUUUCAGGAACUGAAGGAGCCUGCCUCCCGUGUUCCACUGCUCUUCUCAGUGGAGCCCUUCCAUGGGGCUGACCUUGGGCUGAGGGGUCUCUGAGAUUCAGUGUCUUCUGCCAGAGCAGGGAACCCCCAGUCCAAGACUUUACCAGGCAGAAAGUGGUGGCUUCCCCUUUUCUUUCUCCCUUUUUCCCAUAAGCCCCAGGAAGGUAAUGCCAAAAGCUCUUCAGUGUCACCUGUGAUGUGUAGAAGAGAGGUAACUUCAUUAUAAGACUCUGCCCACCCCCAUUCUGACCCGUGCCACCAAUCCAAAGACCCCUGGUGGGCUUCCUCUUGGAGACAAUCCUGUGCUUGCCUGGGCCGGCUGGAGCUGCUCCUAGCUUCUGCCAUCUGCCUACUGGGAGGCUCUCCCCACCCAGGAGUGGCCGCCUGCUUAGACUUUGGCCUUUGGCUGGCCAAAGUAGGGUGUGGGCCUGCCCAGAUGGAGUUUUCUAGCGUGUCCUGUUGGUAGGGAGGGGUGUGCUUCUCUGAGCCCAGCCAGUACUAGAAAUCCUUUCCCCACACGCUGCCCAACAGGCUGCUACAGGAGCAUAGUGGCGAGAGCAGGCGGGGACCGAAACAGACUCUCCCAGGCCCAGCACAGCAUUUAGUCCUCAGGAAGCAUUGCUGCUUGGAGUGGGGCAGAGAUGGUGACAUGGUCCUGAGCCAGCCUGGACCGAGCUCUGCCCCCAUAGCCCUUGGUUUAGGGUCACUGAUGGGCAUUUCUUCUCUAGCCAGGGCAGACACCCAGCUGGCUGGGUCCUUCUUCAACCUCACCUGCUUCCAUCCCCAGCCCUCUCCUGUCCUGUCCUGACUGCUGGUCCUCUCUCCUAUCUGCUCCCAACUGUCUCUAGUCACCACUGACCCGUGGCUGUGGACUGACCAGACCAGCAUUCACAAUAAAAGUUUCUUCCACGUUGACAGUGUUGUGUUCCCUGCCCAGCCCUCCAGGCGGAGGUGCUGUCAAGGGCAUGCUGUGGCUUUGCCUGCCCUUGGGCGCCCUGUGGCAGCCCAGCUUCCCAUCAGGCAGGUGUGACUCCCACUGUGUGACACAGGACAA